AUGGCGCAUUCACCGGCCAACGGCUCUGCAUCCCCUGAACACAAGUGCGAAGAUGGAGCCGCAGACCCAGUCCAACAGCCACCUGCACCCGAAAGGCGUGGCUCGGGCUUUUUGAACUUCUUUUCGUCCAUCCUGGGCCCCAAGUCCCCAUUGUCCCAUGCGGCGGACCCGCGCAAGAAUACAGUGUGGCUGCUCGACAACACAGCUUAUCAGCCGCUUGACGAUGAAACAGACGGUAGCCCGCUGCAGUCAUGGCAAACCGAAGUCGUCGCUUGCAUUUUCCACGCGGAUGGUCGCAAAGAUGUCGGCAAACUAGUCGCUGCAAUCGCUGACCAUCUCGGCCUGGAUGGUGAGGACGGCAACGACAAUCCUGGCGACAAGAUCGCACGUGCAAACAUUGAGAAGCGUGUGCAGCCCUUCCUCGACCAGGUCACUCCAUUUUGCACCGUCACCGUGGACUUGGAGAUCGAUGGAUCAGCUCAGUCCCACUCCCUGGGCCCCUCGGACCGCAACGGCAUCAUCAGCCAGUCCGUUGACCUGGAUGGAUUUGGAGUCGCAGAUGGUGCCGUCGUACGUGCCUCAAUUCAAAGUUUCAACGAUCAGCCUACAGCAACAGCAGAAACACUUUUCGCUGCACCAGCAGGCUGGCUUGUCGUCUCGGACAUCGACGACACGAUCAAGCGCACCAUGACGAUGGAACCCACCGGCAUUCUUCGCACCACCUUCGCCGAGGAGCCGGUGCCGAUCGACGGCAUGCCGGAGUUCUAUCGUCAUGUGCAUUCCGAGCUAGACCCAACCUGGUUCUACCUCUCGGCAUCACCAUACAACCUCUACCCAUUCCUGCACCAGUUCCUCCAUGAGCACUACUGCGCCGGCACACUAGUCCUACGCGACUACUCCUGGAUGGACAUCAGCGGCCUUAUCAAGUCUUUCACAGAGAAGACGCAGGAGUACAAGGUGGACCGGAUGGAGAAGAUCCGGCGCUGGUUCCCGCGUCGUCGUGUUCUAUGCAUCGGUGAUUCUACUCAGAAGGACCCUGAGGCAUACGCAGAGAUGUACCAUCGAUACCCGGGGUGGAUUCAUGCAAUCAUCAUCCGCAAGGUAACAAAUGUGUGUCACAUGGAAGAGAAGAAUAAGCCUGAGAGAUUCGAAAAGGCUUUCAAGGAUAUACCCGCUGAAGCUUGGACCGUCUUUGAGGAUACCCAGGAGCUUUAUGACUUUGUUGACGGACUGGGAAUGGAGGACCUAGCGCUGUAG